ACCGUCACCUCCGUAUAAACAAACCAGUCAGCACGCGCGCGCGUCCCCAAAAACCAGCCUCACGUUUUCGCUACUCCGACGGAAUAUGGCAGCCACUCUCUCCGUCCGCCCCAACCGCCUCUCCGGCGGUUAUUCUCUCCCCUCACCGCCUCACAGACGAACUGGACCGGUCCACUUCCGACGACCGGCCGACAAAUUUGAGCCCUGGACCGGCUCAAUCGCUCCAUCCCGGUUGGCAUUAGCGAAGACGACGCCGGCGCCGGUCCGCGCCGGCUCCAGAGCCGACGACUCGGCGCCGUUCGAGAUGUCAGUGGAGAACGCCUUGAAGCUCCUCGGAGUCUCCGAGGGAGCCUCGUUCGACGACAUACUUCGCGCCAAGAACUCGAUCGUCGCCGCUUGUAAGGACGACCAGGAAGCAAUUGCUCAGGUGGAGGCUGCAUAUGACAUGUUGCUCAUGCGGAGCUUAACUCAGAGACGAGCAGGAAAGGUUGUAAGUAGUCGCAUUCGCUACGCUGAUGUUAAGCCUGUAAGUUCUCCUGGGAGUGGAUCAAUGCCUCAGUGGCUGCAAGCUUCUGUGAAGAACUCGCCAGUUUUGAUUGAGACACCAUCAAAGGGUGACUUGGGCUUAAAGGCAGGUGUUUAUGGAGCUUUAAUGGUCUUAACUUACGUCAACGGAACUUCCACAUCUUCUGCUGUGCCAUAUGCUGGGGCUGAUGUUCCUGGACUGAUCUUGGCUGGUAGCUUUGGAGCUUCCUUGUACUUCAUGACGAAAAAGAAUGUGAAGUUAGGGAAGGCUACUAUAAUAACCAUAGGUGGGCUUGUUGCUGGUGCAGUCGUGGGGUCAGCAGUUGAGAACUGGUUGCAGGUAGACAUCGUUCCAUUUCUUGGUCUGCAUUCCCCUGCUGCUGUAGUAAGCGAAGUAAUACUCAUCUCUCAAUUCUUGGUGUCCCUGUACUUGAGGUAGAGCUAAGACUUAAGAGAAUGUGAUUUUCACUCAACUGUGAAAUAUGUAAUUAUGCAUUUGCGUGAUCAUGCCCCAGGCUUUUUUUUUUAUUUUUUUUUAUUUUAUUAGGAUGUGUAUCAUUGCAUGUUGUACAAAAAGCACAAUUGAAGCUAGUGUAACUCGAUCAUUUAAAAAAAUUCACUUAAAAUUUACAUGACUGA